AUGUUUGCCGCUCGUCAGACCUUCAACCUUUUCCAGAAGCGUGCCUUCUCCGCUUCGGCCAGCCAGGCCUCCAAGGUCACCGUCCUCGGUGCUGCCGGUGGUAUUGGUCAGCCUUUGUCUCUGCUGCUGAAGCUCAACCCCCGUGUUUCUGAGCUCUCCCUCUACGAUAUCCGUGGUGGACCCGGUGUCGCCGCUGAUCUGAGCCACAUCAACGCCAACAGCACCGUUACUGGCUACGAGCCCACCAAGGAGGGCCUCCACGCCGCUCUCAAGGGCUCUGAGAUCGUCCUCAUCCCCGCUGGUGUUCCCCGUAAGCCCGGCAUGACCCGUGACGACCUCUUCAACACCAACGCCUCCAUUGUCCGCGACCUGGCCAAGGCCGUCGCUGAGGCUUCCCCCGAUGCCAAGAUCCUGGUCAUCUCCAACCCUGUCAACUCCACCGUCCCCAUCGUCUCUGAGGUUUUCAAGAAGGCCGGUGUCUACAACCCCAAGCGUCUCUUCGGUGUCACCACCCUCGACGUUGUCCGUGCCUCCCGCUUCAUCUCCCAGGUCCAGGGCACCGACCCCUCCGUCGAGAAGGUCCCCGUCGUCGGCGGCCACUCCGGCGUGACCAUCGUCCCUCUCCUGUCCCAGUCCGGCCACGCCUCCCUCGCCGGUGAGGCCCGCGACGCCCUUGUCAACCGUAUUCAGUUCGGUGGUGACGAGGUUGUCAAGGCCAAGGACGGUGCUGGUUCCGCCACUCUCUCCAUGGCUAUGGCCGGUGCCCGCUUCGCUGAGUCUCUGCUCCGCGCUGCCCAGGGUGAGAAGGGUGUUAUUGAGCCUACCUUCGUUGACUCCCCUCUGUACAAGGACCAGGGUAUUGACUUCUUCGCUUCCCGCGUUGAGCUCGGCCCCAACGGUGUUGAGCAGAUCCACUCCGUCGGUGAGAUCAACGAGUACGAGCAGAAGCUUCUGGAUGCUUGUCUCGCUGACCUUAAGAAGAACAUCCAGAAGGGUGUUGACUUCGUUAAGGCUAACCCUUAA